AUGUAUCGAUCCAGGUCACCGACGUCGUUGGCGUUCCACCGCAGAAUCAUCGAACUGGAGUGGAACUUGUUUACGGGCAAGAACGAGGAAAUGCGCAUGAGCGGUUUCGAUUGUAGGACAAUUCCGGUAGUGAGGUUUUUGAGGAGCUGCAAACUUCGGCCGCUGCGAAUCACGUGGCUAGUCUUGUAUGACAAUGACGGACAUCACCCGACUCAUUUACAGUAA